AGAAGGCGGCAAAAUGGUGUUGGAAAGCACUAUGGUUUGCUUCGUCUUCUCUAGCCCAGCCCAGGCCUGUCUUUAGCCAGAGUCCUGCUUCUCGGACUCAUCGUGAUAGUCUUCUGCCCUCCUCUCUUCUCAGAAUGAUGGAUGUUAGAGAGAUGAUAAAUCCCUUCCCCGCCCCAUUCACUCGUCUCUAACUCCAUUGCUUUUCCCUGUAUCAUCUUCAGAGCGUGGACAACAGCGAGUAUAUGCGGAACGGGGACUUCCUACCCACCCGGCUACAGGCCCAGCAGGAUGCCGUCAACAUAGUCUGUCACUCCAAGACCCGUAGCAACCCUGAGAACAACGUGGGCCUCAUCACACUGGCCAAUGACUGUGAAGUGCUGACCACACUCACCCCUGACACCGGCCGCAUCCUGUCUAAGCUCCACACUGUCCAACCCAAGGGCAAGAUCACCUUCUGCACUGGCAUCCGCGUGGCCCAUCUGGCCCUGAAGCACCGACAGGGCAAGAAUCACAAGAUGCGAAUCAUUGCCUUUGUGGGAAGCCCCGUGGAGGACAAUGAGAAGGAUCUGGUGAAACUGGCUAAACGCCUCAAGAAGGAGAAAGUAAAUGUUGACAUCAUCAAUUUUGGUGAAGAGGAGGUGAACACGGAAAAGCUGACCGCCUUUGUAAACACUUUGAAUGGCAAAGAUGGAACCGGUUCUCAUCUGGUGACAGUGCCUCCUGGGCCCAGCUUGGCUGAUGCCCUCAUCAGUUCUCCGAUUCUGGCUGGGGAAGGCGGCGCCAUGCUGGGUCUUGGUGCCAGUGACUUUGAAUUUGGAGUGGAUCCCAGUGCUGAUCCUGAGCUGGCCUUGGCCCUUCGCGUUUCUAUGGAGGAGCAGCGGCAGCGGCAGGAGGAGGAGGCGCGGCGGGCAGCUGCCGCUUCUGCCGCUGAGGCCGGGAUUGCUACCACUGGGACCGAAGGUGAAAGAGACUCGGAUGAUGCCCUGCUGAAGAUGACCAUCAGCCAGCAGGAGUUUGGCCGCACCGGGCUUCCUGACCUAAGCAGUAUGACCGAGGAAGAACAGAUUGCAUAUGCCAUGCAGAUGUCCCUCCAGGGCGCAGAAUUUGGCCAGGCAGAAUCAGCUGACAUUGAUGCCAGUUCAGCCAUGGACACAUCUGAGCCCGCCAAGGAGGAGGAUGAUUAUGAUGUGAUGCAGGACCCCGAGUUCCUUCAGAGUGUCCUGGAGAACCUUCCAGGCGUGGAUCCCAACAAUGAGGCCAUUCGAAAUGCCAUGGGCUCCCUGGCUUCCCAGGCCACCAAGGAUGGCAAGAAGGACAAGAAGGAGGAGGACAAGAAGUGAGACUGGAGGGAAAAGGGAGCUGAGCCUGUGCAGGGGGCCGAGUAGGGUGGGGUGGGAUAUAGAGUUAGAUGUGUUGUCUGUGACCACUGCAACCUAAAUAAAGCUUGGCAACUUUUUUUCUUUUUUGCUUCAAA